GCCAAGCCCCUGGAGGUGUUCCUGAGGGCACUGAACCUCAAGGGGCUCCUCAGUCCUAUGGAUCGGACAACCCGGCUCCAGCACGGACGGCUACUCUGGGGACGGGCAGCGCACCGCCUACCACCUCAGCGGACCCCGAUGCAGACAGUGCCCGCCAGCGACAGCGAGCACGACAGCACGCCAAUCGCGAUCAAGGUGAUGUGCGAGUCGUUCGCAGCUGAACGAGCCGAUCGUGCUACCAAAGGCGAGAUGGACAUCAAGGAGGUGUUGAGAUGCAACGAUCAGUACAGCAGGGAGCGCACCGAGAA